UAUAUCACCAAAACCAUCUUCUAAACGCACAAAAAAACUCUUCGCAAAUUCUCACAUAUUUCUCUUUCAUCUUUCACCAAAAAAAGAAAAAGAAAAACAUUCUUCUGUGUAGCAAGAAAAGAGAAAAUGACUAACGUUGGGGAUGCAGAGAGAGACAAGUACAGCUUGAUAAAUUUUGAGGAGACCGAGUUACGACUCGGUCUUCCAGGUGCAGGUGAUCACGGAGAAUCACCUGUUAAAAAUAGUUGUGGAAAGAGAGGUUUCUCAGAAACUGCUAAUGUUGAUUUGAAGCUUAAUCUUUCUCCUAUAAAUGAUUCUGCUUCAUCUUCUUCAACUAUAGCUUCUGUAGCUGAAAACAAAGGCAAAGACACAACAACUUCUGCUACUGUUUCUCCUCCUCCUCGUGCUAAGGCACAAGUUGUGGGAUGGCCACCAGUUAGAUCCUUUAGAAAGAACAUAGUAAAUGUUCAUCAAAAGAGCAAUAGUGAAACAGAAGUAGAUAAGAGCAUAAGUGGUGGUGGUGGGAAUGGAGCAUUUGUUAAGGUGAGUAUGGAUGGUGCACCAUAUCUACGUAAGGUGGACCUUAAAUUGUACAAGAGUUACCAAGAGCUGUCAGAUGCGCUGGCUAAAAUGUUUAGUUCCUUCACAAUUGACAAUUGUGGGUCCCAAGUUACCAAAGACUUCAUGAAUGAAAGCAAAUUGAUUGACCUUUUGAACGGUUCUGAUUAUGUACCAACAUAUGAAGACAAAGAUGGUGAUUGGAUGCUUGUUGGUGAUGUUCCUUGGGAAAUGUUCGUUCAAUCGUGCAAGCGUCUUCGCAUAAUGAAAGGUUCUGAGGCAAUUGGGCUAGCGCCAAGGGCAGUGGAAAAAUGCAAGAACAGAAGCUGAAAUCCUUGUUGUGUUCCGACAAAAAUCCACUUCUGGUUGAUAAAUCUGCAUCCCAAGGAAGCAAGUUGGCUCGAGUAAGGUCGAGGCUAAUAUAGGAAUAAGAGUUCUCGAUUAUAUUAUUAUUGCUAUGUGUCUGCUAUUUCUUUUGUAUUUUUUUCUCUCUUAAUAUGUGUAUUAUAUAUGAAUGAGAAAUUAGGUGGAAAUUCAUUAGGGACAAGAAAUAAUAUAGAAGAUGUUUAUAUGACCCAGUUUUUGUUUUAUAAGGGGAAAAAAAAUAUGACUCUGUCUAUUGCCAGCGUGUGCUUGACUUAUAAUAAUGCAAAUGUUUCCAGUUAUCAUUGCUGGAUUUGUCCCCCCAUUAUUUGUAUUUUGUACAGUAUGUGACAGAGUAUGUGCAUACAUACCUACCUUAUACGUAUCAUAUUUAUUGUGUAAUGUAUAUAGUUUUGUGAAUGA